UAGAUAAUAAUAAAUUGGAAUAAUAAAGCGAUUGCCGGUUCCGUGGUAACACAUUUCGUCGCCUGCUGUACAUUUAAUCCCAAAACAACCGACUGUGUGUACUGUGUUUUCGUGGUGCAAUAGGUCUGUGUAUCCUGUACUAACACCAUGUUGGCUGUUCGUGGUGCACUUUUUUCCACGGCAAAGAACUGCAGCGCCGUGUUGGGAUGCCGAAGCAAGCACACCCUUCCGGAUUUGCCGUACGAUUUCGGAGCACUGGAACCGGUCAUUUGCCGGGAAAUCAUGGAGCUGCACCACCAGAAGCAUCACAAUGCGUACGUCACGAAUCUGAACGCUGCCGAGGAACAGCUGCAGGAUGCGGUGGCCAAGAAGGAUGUUUCCAAGAUCAUUCAGCUCGGCAGUGCGAUCAAGUUUAACGGUGGUGGCCAUAUUAAUCAUUCGAUCUUCUGGAAAAAUCUGUCCCCGGAUCGGAGCGAUCCUUCGGCCGAGCUGCAGAAAGCGCUGAACCGUGAUUUCCAGAACAUGGACAACUUUAAGAAGGAAAUGAAAGCGGCAGCCGUCGCUGUGCAGGGAUCGGGCUGGGCCUGGUUGGGCUACAACAAGAAGACAAAGCUGCUUCAGAUUGCAGCCUGCCCGAACCAGGAUCCAUUGGAAGCGACCACUGGUCUCGUCCCGCUGCUCGGUAUCGAUGUGUGGGAGCACGCUUACUAUCUGCAGUACAAAAACCUAAGACCGAACUAUGUCGAUGCCAUCUUCGAUGUGGUCAACUGGAAGGAUGUGUCCGAACGGUUGGCAAAGGCUCAAUAAGCAUAGCGGCCCGCUGUAGUCCCACGGGUACCAAGCAUUCGAAUCAUCGACGCGGGCAAGCUUUGCACGGCUUUACUAUUGUAUCCAAAAGUCGACAGCUAUUCGAAAUAAAAUUUUCAGCUUUAUCACGUUCCCCAUGCCUUUAUGAUUGC